AGCGCAUUCUCUGUUAACGAAGGACCAAUUCAUAUUGCUAUCACAGCAUCCUGAAAACAGGGACAAAACAUCGAAGUCAUUUAGAAAAUAAUUAAAUUCGUCUGUUCAACUCCCUCAGCCUAUUCUACACGGAGAAUACCUUUGGAGGCGAUUGCAAUGCUUCAAAUAAGGAAUCUCAUAUGGACGUUGCUUCUCCUUGGUUACUCAGCUGCCUUGCAAGUGGAUAUCAUUCCAGCCCAAGGAGAGAUCAGCGUGGGAGAGUCCAAAUUCUUUUUAUGUGAAGUUGUUGGAGAUGCAAAGGAAAUAGACUGGUAUGCGCCCAAUGGUGAAAAGCUCCUGCCAGGGAGACCAGAUAUCAGUGUCAGCAACAAUGACGAGUCCUCUUCCACACUCACAAUCUACAAUGCUAACGUUGACCAUGCUGGCAUAUACAAGUGUGUGGCCAAAAAUGGGGACAAGGAAUCUCAUGGCACCAUCAUUGUAAAUAUUUUCCAGAAGCUCAUUUUCCAGAACGCUCCUUCGCCCCAAGAGUUUAACGAGGGGGAUGAUGCUGACAUCAUCUGUGAUGUCAUAAGCUCACCGCCCCCAACUAUUAUCUGGAAGUUCAAAAAGAUGAGAAUCCAGCCAGAGACUGAUGUCCGCUUCAAGAUCCUGAGCAACAACCACCUCCAGAUCCGCGGCAUUAAGAAGACAGAUGAGGGUCAAUACAUCUGCGAGGGACGCAUUAUGGCCCGGGGAGAAAUCGACAUCAGGGUCAUCACCGUCAUUGUCAAUGUUGUGCCAAGUAUCAGGACCCGCUAUACUGAGUUUAAUGCCACUGCAGAGAUCAGCCAGGCCGUGACUUUGGCCUGUCAUGCAGAUGGCUACCCAGAACCUACUGUCACAUGGGCACGUGGUAAAGUUCUAUUGGAAUCAGGUGAGAAGUACAGUCUGAAUGAAGACGGAUCUGAGUUGACCAUCAAAGACAUCAAGAAGGUUGAUGAAGGAGAGUACAAAUGUAGCGCCAGGAACAAGGCUGGAGAGAGGAGUGAGGAAGUCAGCCUCAAUGUGUUUGUGCAACCAAAAAUUACAUUCCUUGACAACCAUACGGCGACUGAGUUGAAGGAGCAGAUCACUCUAACUUGUGAGGCCACAGGUGACCCCACCCCCAACAUCAUCUGGAGCUUCGGUCGUCGGAUCUUCACCGAGAAUGAGCAGGCUUCAUGGACUCGACCUGAGAAACACAAGAGUCUGGAUGGUAAUGUGAUUGUACGCAGUGAUGCCCGUGUGUCCUCUCUGACGCUGAAGUAUGUGCAGUUCACUGAUGCUGGCCAGUACCUCUGCACUGCCCGCAAUUCCAUUGGGCAGGACAUCCAGAGCAUGUACCUGGAAGUGCGCUAUGCUCCAAAGAUCCAGGGCCCUGCUGCUGUGUUCUCCUGGGAGGGGAAUCCAGUUAAUAUUACCUGUGAGGCUCUAGCUCACCCGGGUGCCUCCGUUUCGUGGUUCCACAAUAACCAGCUUCUACCCAGCUCCAAUACCACCAACGUCAAGAUCUACAACACACCCACAGUCAGCUAUCUGGAGGUCACUCCGGAGUCCCAGAAUGACUUUGGCAGCUACAACUGUACGGCCACCAAUGUCAUCGGCACAGAGUCAAAGGAUAUCAUUUUGAUUCAAGCAGAUGUGCCUUCGGCCCCCUCUAUCGAGCGUGUGGAGCCGUAUUCCAGCACAGCGCUUUUGGAGUUUGAUGAGCCUGACUCUAGUGGAGGAGUGCCCAUCCUCAAAUACAAGGCUGAGUGGAGGAUAGCAGGCCAAGACUGGACUGACAGAGAGUAUGACGUUGAGGAUGGUCUCAACGUGAUCACCAUCAUAGGGCUGAAGCCCGAGACUGUAUAUGAGGUCAAGAUAUCCGCCAUCAACGGCAAGGGUGAAGGAGAGAACAGCCCCCAAGAGACCUUUAAAACCCAGCCUGUCCGGGAACCUAACCCUCCUAAACUGGAGGCUAAGCCACAAUCCACAGGCAACGAGAUGAAGGUCCACUGGAUCAACCAGGACGAUGGGGGCUCUCCCAUCAAACACUAUCUUGUGCGCUACAAAGCUAAGCAACGCCAGGACUGGAAGCCUGAGAUCCGCCUACCCAACGGCAGCGAAUAUGUUGUGCUGAGGGGUCUAGAAUGGAACACAGAGUAUGAAGUUUAUGUUGUUGCAGAAAACCAGCAAGGGCGAUCUGAACCUGUCACCCUUUCCUUCAGGACCUUGCCAGAACCCACCACCAUUCCAGGCACCAGGUCAGGGUUGGGCACAGGAGCCAUCGUGGGCAUCCUCAUUGUGGUCUUCAUCCUGCUUCUGUUUGGUGUGGACGUCACAUGCUACUUCCUCAACAAGUGUGGCCUUCUAAUGUGCAUUGCUGUCAACUUCUGUGGCAAGUCUGGCCCCUCUGCCAAGGGCAAGGAUAUCGAAGAGGGAAAAGCCGCCUUCACGAAGGAUGAGUCCAAGGAGCCCAUUGUGGAGGUAAGGACUGAGGAAGAGCACACUCCAAACCAUGAGGGAGGAGGCCCCACCGAACCCAAUGAGACCACCCCUCUAACUGACCCUGAGCACACUGCUGACACCACAGCAACCGUAGUGGACUUGAUUUCCUCUGUAACCACUAACUCAGACCCAGGCACUGACAGCCCCGCUAGCGAUAGCACCACCCUUACCUCAAGCACCGCCCCUGCGGCUGAUCCUAAGCCCGCUCCCCAGUCCAGCACCCCAAAAACUAGUGUCACCUCUCCUACCUCCCCACAAGCUGCUGCCCCUGCAGCCAUGACCCCUCUUGUGGACUUGAGCGAUACACCCUCCGCCCAGACCUCAAAGUUCUUAGAUGCCCACCCUGCAUCUGAUUCAACCGCCCCAACCUCUGUGACCCCUGCAGAUUUGGCUAAAGCCGAUUCUACCAAACCCCUUGUUGUCGAACCAGCACAGAAUGCUGGGGCAAAGGGCCUGGCUGAGUCGGCCCCCAGCAAUACUGCGAAUCCCCCCCAAAGUAAGGAAUCUCAGGUACAGCAGACUCCAGAUAAUGACCUUGCCAUGGAUGUGUUUGAUGCGCAGGGCAAGUCCACCACCACUGACUCCACUGCAGAGUCUGCACCCAACCAGGACGAUGGUAAAAUUGCUGGAGAUGAAAAAAGUAAAGUGGUGGAAACGGAGGUAAAGAAACCCCCUACGGAGGUAAAGACAGUUCCCAAUGAAGCCCCCCAGACGAACGGCAAUGAGAGCAAAGCGUGAAACAGAACCGGCAAGCGCAGACAGACAGCACCACACCACCACAUCAAAACAUGGUUUAAAUUAAAGAGUUUCUUUCUUCAGUGUCUCUUUGUGUUUGCAGAACAAACAAAAAAAUUCUAGAUGAAUAGAGCACCCAAAGAGCAUAUGCCUUUAUUUUGUAUUUUCAUUUCUGUUACAAUUGAAACUUUUCUUUUUUAUAUAUAAACACAAAUGGAAGGAAAUAUGUUUUACCUCUAAUGCACUCUCCUUGACCAUGGAAGUAAGAUAAGUAUCUUUGAAAUUGUAUUAAUGUCUUAAAAGGAAGUGAAGUAGACAACCAUGAGGAAUCAUAGAUUUUAGCAAUUCCAGAGCAAUGCCUUUACACACCACAAAUAUUGCUGUUAUGUUUCACUUAUGUUCCUUCUUUAUUACAUUCAGUAUUCCCAUCAUUAUUGCCAUAUAUUAAUAUUUUUGGGAGCAUUUUUGAUGAUUUACUUGUGUUUAAAUAAUGUACAAAAGCAACCGCCUUUUAUUUUGUUAUUUUUCUUUUUCGAGAGUUAGCGAUAGAUCAUUAGUAUGCUAGCUUUGCAUAAUUAUUUUUCUAUUAUGUAAUUCGUUUUAUUACAGCCCCUAAUGUUUACAGCAUUUUGCUAUAAAAUCCCUUUGGCUUGCUUCUCUAGCAGACACAGCAUAAACAAGAUGUCACAGCACAAAGAUUACACAUGCCUGACAGAGUAGAGGUCUGAAUUAGUGGUUAGGGUUAUACAAAUAGUUUUCUGUAUUUUCUUUUCUAUUACAACACACACUUAUCUGAUUCCCCUUGAACGGUUUGGGUUACUUACAUUUACUUCAAGUCUUUUAAUGCAGCUGUAAAUUUGAGAGAUCGCUUAUGGUGAUCCUUGGUAGUUGCUUUCCACAAGUCCUUUAAAAAACAUUAAGAACAAACUGGAGAUCUUAGAUAAAGCUCAGAUGGCUCCUUGAGAGAAUUGAGUACCAGCAUUACUGUGACUCACUGCUGUGCUACAUGGUACAGUAGAUACAGCUGUUGCAGUCAUGGCCUAAUAAAAACAUCAGGGCCAUAUACGUGUGUCUGAUGCUCACAGGACAUUAUGUAAUACUGCGACGAGAAGUCAAGUUUCUUAUGUCUGUUGCUCCAUAAGCUUUUGUCCACAUAAUUGAUAAAGAGUGAUUUGAAAUUAACCCACGCAGCAACAGUGCUCCAAAGGCAAAAUGCAGAAACUAUGCCAACACUGAAAAUAAGAAAAAUGGCUUCAAAGUUGCUUGAUUUCAGCAUGGAUUAUGUGGUAGCUGUAGGUUUCACAUUUCGUUUCCUCUGAAGCCGAGUAUAGUUGAGCCAAACCAGUCUUUCUCAGGAUGGAUUAUAGUUUAAGGGACCUGAUAUCGGUCAUUACUCAAUUUUGACCAAAUAUUUAGUGGCAUGUACUGCGUUUUGCCUUUGCACGGCUGGAUUGUCAAAAAGUAAUGUUUGUUGGAUAUUAAUGUCUUGAAUGUGCAUACAUGGCCAAAAUAUUAUUAUUAUUAUUUAAUUUAAGCCAUAGUACUGGUCUUGCCUGCCUGCCUGCCCUGUUUCUCAUUCUUUAGGCUGCAAGCUUGUGCCCUGUGAAUGCGUGAAAUCCUAAUGUGAAUACAGUGUGUUUUCUGUAAUAGAAAAAAGAAUAUCCAUAGGUUGUGAAAGCUGUAGCUGUUAGUUCAAACAAUGUUCAUCAAGAUAUGAUAAACAGAAGAAGAUAAAACAAUGGUGGCAACAGCAGAAAUGGAAUACAGGAUACAAAGGAGUUGGUACCUUCAAUAUAAACAUCCUCUGAGUUUUCAAGUCAUUCUGAAAUGGACUGAUGGUACACAGCUUGGGUUUACUCCCUGCUAAAAGAUGGUUCAGAUAUGUAAACAGGGAAAAUAAUAGUUUUGAUUCUUGCUUAGUGUCAUCAAAUGAAUUUCUGGGUCUUUGGGUGUAAAUGGUUUGUGAUAUCUGAAGUUGAGUUCUCAAAAUCUCGACAACAUGUCUAUUUAACGGAUGCAUAAUAAGACAUAUAGCUACUGUACAUCCACACAGAAAACUGUCUUGAUACAUUGCGUCUACGUACCCAAGACCCGAGCAGGCAUCCGCUGUCUGUGGCCCCAGCUCACAUUUGGUCAAAUACCUUGUCAGUGACAUUUAUUUUUCAAUCUGAAAUAAGCAUGCAAUGUAUUCUGAACUAGAUGUCAUUGGUGUUAAGGUUAAGAACUGAAUUGCUAAAUAACUGAAAAUGUCAAAGGAUUAUUUGUUGUACAUUUCUCUCUGAAUGUCUGUGAACUGUUCUAGUUCAUAUAUAUUUACUUUUGUCAAGUUUUCUUUUAUAAAGCAGAAAUUAAAUGCUCUUAUUUGGUUGAAUGGUAACACUUUAUAACAACUUGAAUUAGUUAACAUAUAAUGCUUAACAGAUCCAUGGUUCAUGUAUAUUCAAAUAUAUAUGAAUCAAAGUUUCAAGACAUUUCCAACUAUUUCAUUGUACUUUAAUUGUUCAGUUAAGCAUUUUAUAGUGUUAUAAUGUUUGUUAAUGAAAGUUAUUGUAGAGUGUUACCAGUUCAAUUCUGGUCUGUGAAAACAAGCAUAUGAGAGCCUUGUACAAACACUGUAUUGCGAGGCAUUCAAACCAUUCCUUGUGAUUUCAUUGAAAAACAAGCUGGAAUUUGAAAACGGCUUUGGAUUCAUUCUACUGCCGUUCAAUGUGGGACCAACUGUAAUGCAAGGUUACAUGCACAGUUUAGCUCUGCACUCGUGCCAUCAUGCCAUUUUAAAAGACAAAUGUCCGUUCAAAAUGAUGAUUUUUUCGAAAGCAUUUGAGGUUCAUCUGAGCAAAUCACACUCGUUUGAUGUGAAGGCUUCUGUGACUCAUUCACACGCAAACAUUUGUUUGUCAUCACCACUCUCAUCCCAGACCUUUUUAAGACAUCCAUCCAUGCAUUUUCUGCUGAGAGGACCUUCUCACAGUUGCAUACAUGUUUUUAUGAAAUCAAAUGUCAGUACCACCAUCUUUCCCCACUGCCACUGCUGUAAAUACUAACCGAAAACAAUUUGAUUCUGUCGACAAAUUCUUGUGUUCAAUAAAAAUAUAGAAAAAUA